AUGAGUGACGAAAAUUUAUUCGAUGAAAAUACUUCAAAAGAACAGUACGAAAUCACUGAUUAUUCAAAGAAACAUAAAAUCUUACCCAGUCAUUUCAUCGGUUUGAAUACAGUUGAAACCACUGAAGAAUCUUCUUUAAAACAUUUUGUGAAAUCUCACGGUGGCCAUACCGUUAUCUCCAAAAUUUUAGUUGCUAAUAAUGGUAUUGCUGCAGUUAAAGAAAUUAGAUCCAUUAGAAAGUGGUCUUACGAAACCUUCGGUAAUGAUAGAACUGUACAAUUCGUCGCAAUGGCCACUCCUGAAGAUAUCGAAGCCAAUGCAGAAUAUAUUCGUAUGGCUGAUCAAUAUAUCGAAGUUCCCGGAGGCACAAAUAAUAACAAUUACGCUAACGUCGAUCUUAUAGUAGAAAUUGCUGAAAGAGCUGACGUUGACGCUGUCUGGGCUGGUUGGGGUCAUGCUUCUGAAAAUCCUCUGUUACCAGAAAAGUUAGCUAAUUCAAAGAGAAAAAUUAUUUUCAUUGGUCCUCCUGGAAAUGCAAUGAGAUCUCUUGGUGACAAAAUUUCAUCUACAAUUGUGGCGCAACAUGCUCGUGUGCCAUGUAUACCUUGGUCUGGUACCGGUGUCGAUACGGUUCAUGUAGAUAAAGAUUCUGGCUUAGUUUCUGUUGAUGAUGAUAUUUAUGAUAAAGGUUGUUGCCAUUCUCCUGAAGAAGGUUUAGCAAUCGCCAAGAAAAUUGGCUUCCCUGUAAUGGUCAAGGCCUCCGAAGGUGGUGGUGGUAAAGGUAUCAGGCAAGUUGAACGUGAAGAAGAUUUCAUUCAAUUAUAUCAACAAGCUGCAAACGAAAUCCCGGGAUCUCCAAUCUUUAUAAUGAAGUUAGCAGGUAAAGCACGCCAUUUAGAGGUUCAAUUACUUGCUGAUCAAUAUGGUACAAACAUUUCUCUAUUUGGACGUGAUUGUUCAGUUCAAAGACGUCAUCAAAAAAUUAUAGAAGAAGCUCCAGUUACUAUAGCUGAACCAACUACUUUCAAUGAAAUGGAAAAAGCUGCUGUAAGAUUGGGUAAAUUAGUUGGCUAUGUAUCGGCAGGUACCGUAGAGUAUUUAUAUUCAAGUGAAGAUAAAAAAUUCUAUUUCUUAGAAUUAAAUCCAAGAUUACAAGUUGAACAUCCAACUACAGAAAUGGUUACUGGUGUAAACUUGCCUGCUGCACAAUUACAAAUUGCCAUGGGUGUUCCAAUGCAUAGAAUUAGUGAUAUCAGAGUUUUUUAUGGUAUGAAUCCACAUUCUGCAACAGAAAUCGACUUUGAAUUCAAAACAGAAGAGUCCUUACAAACACAAAGAAGACCUGUUCCAAAAGGUCACUGCACAGCUUGCCGUAUUACUUCUGAAGAUCCAAAUGAAGGUUUCAAACCGUCUGGAGGUCAAUUACAUGAAUUAAACUUCCGUUCCUCUUCCAACGUCUGGGGUUACUUCUCCGUUGGUAAUAAUGGUGGUAUCCAUUCAUUUUCUGAUUCACAAUUUGGUCACAUUUUUGCAUUUGGUGAGAAUAGACAAGCAUCUAGGAAACAUAUGGUUGUUGCGCUAAAAGAAUUAUCUAUCAGAGGUGACUUUAGAACCACUGUUGAAUACUUAAUUAAGCUUUUAGAAACCGAAGAUUUUGAAGACAACACUAUAACGACCGGAUGGUUAGAUGAUCUUAUUGUACAUAAGAUGACUGCUGAAAAGCCUGAUCCAGCAAUUGCUGUCAUUUGUGGUGCCGCCACAAAAGCUUUCAUUGCUUCAGAAAAUGCUCGGAAAGAGUAUAUCGCUUUCUUAAAGAGGGGCCAGGUUCCGUCGAGAGACAAAUUACAAACUAUGUUCCUGGUAGAAUUUAUACAUGAAGGUAAAAGAUACAAAUUCACUGUAGCAAAAUCUGCGGACGAUCGCUACACUCUAUUUAUUAACGGUUCCAAAUGUGAAGUACGUGCCCAUAAACUUUCUGAUGGUGGCUUAUUAAUUGCAAUUGGAGGCAAAUCACAUACUAUAUACUGGAAAGAAGAAUCUCAAGCUACAAGAUUAUCUGUUGACCAAAAAACCACGUUGCUUGAAGUUGAAAAUGAUCCAACUGAAUUACGUACGCCAUCACCCGGUAAGUUAGUAAAAUUCCUCGUUGAAAAUGGUGACCAUAUCAAUGCUGGUCAAGCUUAUGCCGAAAUUGAGGUUAUGAAAAUGCAAAUGCCUUUGAUUGCACAGGAAAGUGGUAUAAUUCAAUUACUUAAACAACCAGGUUCCACAAUUGCUGCUGGUGAUAUUAUCGCAAUUUUAACCUUAGAUGAUCCUUCAAAGGUAAAACAUGCUCUACCAUUCGAAGGUAUGCUACCGGAUUAUGGGGCGCCAAUGGUUGAAGGUACGAAGCCUGCUUUUAAAUUCAAGUCUCUUGUCACUACAUUAGAAAAUAUAUUAAAGGGCUAUGAUAACCAAGUUAUUAUGAACGCAUCUUUACAACAGUUAAUUGAGGUUUUGAGAGAUCCUGAAUUACCAUAUUCAGAAUGGAGAUUCCAUGUUUCUGCGUUGCACGCUAGAUUACCCCAUGAUUUAAAUGAGCAGUUAGAAGACUUAGUCAGUCGCUCAAUAAAACGUGGGGCUGUCUUCCCAGCAAAACAAAUUCAAAAGAUUUUAGAAACUACCGUAAAGAGCCCCGGUGUCGAUCCUUUAUUAGCUACUACAAUUAGUCCUUUAUUGGACAUUGCUAAACGUUACAGCAAUGGUCUAGAAGCUCAUGAACAUUCAGUAUUUGUUAACUUUCUAGAAGAAUAUUCUAAUGUUGAAAAACUCUUUAGUGGCCAUAAUGUCCGUCAAGAAAAUGUGAUCUUGAAAUUACGUGAUGAAAAUAUUGACAAUUUAGACAAGGUGGUUUUGAUUGUUUUAUCCCAUGCAAAAGUUUCCGCAAAAAAUAAUUUAAUUUCAGCCAUACUCAAACAUUACCAACCAUUAUGUAAAGUGUCCUCGAAAGUAGCCUCAAUAUUUUCUGCUCCGCUGGAACACAUUGUGGAACUAGAAUCCAAGUCAUCUGCUAAGGUUGCCUUACAAGCUAGAGAAAUUCUCAUCCAAGGUGCCUUACCAUCUGUAAAAGAAAGAACUGAACAAAUCGAACAUAUUUUGAGGUCAUCUGUUACAAAUACAUCAUACGGUGAUUCCAGUUUAAAACGCACCGAACCAGCUCAAGAAAUAUUGAAGGAUUUAAUAGAUUCUAAUUACGUUGUUUUCGACGUCCUUCUUCAAUUCUUGAUACAUCCUGACCCAUUGGUAGCAGCAGCUGCUGCUCAGGUCUAUGUUCGUCGUGCAUAUAGGGCAUACACUGUUGGUGAUGUUUUCACACACAAUAUCGACUCCUUAUCUACCUCUAAUCCAUUAAUUGAAUGGAAAUUCCAACUUCCUUCUGCGGCAUUUUCCUCAAUUCCACAAGUUAGAACCAAAAUGGGCGUAAAUAGAGCCAUGUCCGUUUCUGAUUUAUCCUACGUAGUCGAUAGUGAGCAUUCUCCUUUAAGAACUGGUAUUUUAUUAUCGGUCAACCAUUUAGACGAUGUCGAUAGUGAUUUAUCUCAGGCAUUAGAAGUCAUUCCUGAACACACAACUUCAAGCGGACCUACUCCAGACAGAUCCGGUAACUCUUCCACUUUGAGUAAUAUAUGUAACGUGUUUGUCGCUUCCACAGAGGGAUUUGAAUCUGAAGAAAUCAUCUUAAGAAGAUUGAAUGAAAUUUUGAAAGUUAACAAACAAUAUUUGGUAAACUCUGCUAUUCGUCGUAUUACCUUUAUGUUUGGGUUCGAAGAUGGUACUUAUCCAAAAUACUACACAUUUACUGGCCCAAAUUAUGAUGAAAAUGAAACUAUCCGUCACAUUGAACCUGCAAGUGCAUUCCAAUUAGAAUUGGGAAGAAUGUCUAACUUCAGUAUCAGACCUAUUUUCACCGAGAAUAGAAACAUUCACGUUUACGAAGCUGUUAGUAAAACCUCACCAUUAGAUAAGAGAUUUUUCACAAGAGGUAUUAUUCGUACUGGUCGUAUUAGAAAUGAUAUAUCCAUCCAAGAGUACCUGACUUCUGAAGCUAAUAGGUUGAUGAGUGAUAUUUUAGAUAACUUAGAAAUCAUUGAUACGUCAAGUUCCGACUUGAACCAUAUCUUUAUCAAUUUUUCUGCUGUUUUCGAUGUGUCUCCUGAAGACGUUGAAGCUGCUUUUGGUGGAUUUUUAGAAAGAUUUGGUAAGAGGCUCUUAAGACUUCGUAUCUCUUCUGCUGAAAUCCGUAUAAUAAUUCAAGAUCCAAAAACUGGCGUACCUGUUCCAUUAAGAGCAUUGAUCAACAAUGUUUCUGGAUACGUUGUAAAGUCAGAAUUAUACACCGAAGUUAAAAAUGCUAAUGGAGAAUGGGUUUUCAAAUCUUUGGGGAAGCCUGGAUCGAUGCAUCUAAGACCAAUCGCAACUCCUUAUCCUGUGAAGGAAUGGUUGCAACCAAAACGUUACAAAGCACACCUAAUGGGUACCACUUAUGUCUAUGAUUUCCCUGAUCUAUUCCAUCAAGCUGCAAUCACUACAUGGGACAACUACACUGAAAAAUUAGGAGAUGACAAGACAUCUGCCCGUGAUAGAAACGAUUUCUUUAUUUCAAAUGAAUUAAUCGAGGAUGAAAAUGGAGAGCUCACUGAAGUUGAAAGAGAAGCUGGUGCUAAUUCAAUAGGUAUGGUCGCCUUUAAAGUAACUAUGAAGACACCAGAAUAUCCGAGAGGCCGUCAAUUUGUUAUUGUCGCAAAUGAUAUAACUUUCAAAAUUGGUUCAUUUGGCCCACAGGAAGAUGAAUUCUUCAAUAAGGUUACUGAAUAUGCCAGAAAACGUGGUAUCCCAAGAAUUUAUUUAGCAGCCAAUUCUGGUGCAAGGAUUGGUAUUGCUGAAGAACUGGUCCCACUAUUCCAAGUUGCAUGGAGAGAUGAAACAAACCCAUCCAAGGGUUUCGAAUAUCUAUAUUUAACUUCGGAGGGUAUGAAUUCCUUGAAUAGCUAUGGAAAAGAAAACUCUGUCAUUACUGAACGUAUUGUUGAAAAUGGCCAAGAAAGAUUCGUUAUAAAAACGAUUAUUGGUGCAGAUGAUGGGUUAGGUGUAGAAUGUUUGAGAGGUUCUGGUUUGAUUGCAGGUGCUACGUCUAGAGCAUACCAAGAUAUAUUUACAAUAACUUUAGUCACUUGUAGAUCUGUUGGUAUUGGUGCCUACUUGGUUAGAUUGGGUCAAAGAGCCAUUCAAGUUGAGGGUCAACCUAUUAUUUUGACAGGUGCCCCGGCCAUUAACAAGGUGCUGGGUAGAGAAGUUUAUACUUCCAACUUACAAUUAGGUGGCACUCAAAUCAUGUACAAUAAUGGUGUUUCCCAUCUAACUGCUGCAGAUGAUUUAGCUGCCGUGGAACAAAUUGUCAGAUGGCUAUCUUACAUUCCUGCCAAACGUGACAUGCCGGUUCCUAUUUUAGAAACCGAGGAUAAAUGGGACAGAUCGGUUGAUUUUAUUCCAAGGGCAAAUGAACAAUAUGAUGUUAGAUGGAUGUUAGAAGGCCGUGAAACAGAAGAGGGCUUCGAAUAUGGUUUAUUUGAUAAAGGUUCAUUCUUCGAAACCUUAUCCGGAUGGGCUAAGGGUGUUGUUGUUGGUAGGGCAAGAUUAGGAGGUAUACCACUAGGUGUCAUUGCUGUCGAAACGAGAACAGUUGAGAAUUUGAUCCCAGCGGAUCCCGCAAAUCCAAACUCUACAGAAACAUUGAUCCAAGAGGCUGGUCAAGUUUGGUACCCAAAUUCUGCAUUUAAGACAGCGCAAGCAAUUAAGGACUUCAAUCAUGGUGAACAACUUCCAUUGAUGAUUUUGGCCAAUUGGAGAGGUUUCUCCGGUGGUCAGCGUGAUAUGUACAAUGAAGUUUUGAAAUAUGGUUCAUUUAUUGUCGAUGCUUUGGUUGAUUACAAACAACCUGUAAUAAUUUACAUCCCACCUACUGGUGAACUAAGAGGUGGUUCAUGGGUUGUUGUUGACCCAACCAUUAAUCCAGAUCAAAUGGAAAUGUAUGCGGAUGUUGACUCACGUGCUGGUGUUCUUGAACCAGAAGGUAUGGUCGGUAUUAAAUACCGCAGAGAAAAACUGUUAAAUACCAUGUCAAGAUUAGAUGAUAAAUACAGAGCAUUGAAGGAACAACUAUCCAAUAGGCAACUAACUAGUGAGGAACAUCAACAAAUCUCUAUCAAGUUAGCAGAACGUGAAAAACAUCUAUUACCAAUAUACAGUCAAAUCAGCGUACAAUUCGCAGAUUUACAUGACAGAUCUACACGUAUGGCCAAGAAAGGAGUCAUCUCCAAGGAAUUACAAUGGGCUGAAUCUCGUAAAUACUUCUUCUGGAGAUUAAGAAGAAAACUUGAUGAAGAAUAUCUGAUCAGAAGAUUGGAUUCAGUUUUACCAACAUCUAGUAGAUUAGAGAAGAUAGCUAGAUUGAGAUCAUGGCUCCCGGCCCAUAUUGAAAAUGAUAACGAUCAACAUGUUUCUAAAUGGAUAGAAGAAAACUUCCAGACGAUUGAUGACAAAUUGAAGUCAUUGAAAUUAGAAUCAUUUGCCCAAGGAUUAGCCAAAUCUAUCAGAAACGAUCAUGAUAAUGCAAUUAACGGUUUGUCAGAAGUUUUAAAGAUGCUAUCUGCUGAAGACAAGAAAAAAAUCUUAGAAAGUCUACACUAG